AUGGGAGCCGCCAACAUUGAGCAGGACAUCCUCGACCUCAAAAAGUCGUUACAGGAUGCACAAAGCAAAGGAAGCACAACGACCUUGCUUGAUCUCCUCCGGCAAUUAAGCAAGUUCACAGUCACUGCAACACUUCUUCGGAAAACAGAGAUGGGCUUGUUCGUCAACAAAAUGAAGACUCACGCCGAUAACGAAGUUUCAAGGCUGGCCAAGGACAUCGUACGGAAUUGGAAGGCACAGGUCACAAAGGAGGCUGCAUCCCCUUCAUCAGCAACAUCGUCCUCUACCACAGCCACCACAGCCACUGUCAAGGCGGAAGUCUCAAGGUCAGGGUCGUCCGUCAAAGCAUCUUCGACCACUACUACUAUCUCUUCCUCCUCUUCAUCACGCCCGACAGUGGAAACAAAGUCCUCGCCUGCUCAAAUUCAAAUCUCCUCGCGCGAUGGUUCAUCGGCUGCUAGCUCUCCCAGGACACCAACAGACACAGGAAAGGACAGGACAGUGAGAUCCGACGGCGUUCGUGUCAAGACAACAGGAAAUGAUGUUCGCGACCGGUGCAUUGAGAUGCUGUACCAGGCCCUCGGAACCAACUCUAAUGCUGAAUCGGAUCGACUUCUCAAGAAGGCUACCAACAUUGAGUCUAUUGUGUUCAAGAACCUUUCUCCAGAUGGCUCUCCAAGCCAAAACUACAAGGCCAAGAUCCGAUCGUUCUUUAUGAACUUGCGCGACAGGAACAACCCAAUGCUGCGGGAGGCUGUUGUCAGUGGUGAUGUGAAGGUCGAGGACUUUUGCGAGUAUACGACACAGGACAUGGCUUCGGCAGAGGCCAAAGCCCGUGACCGUGAACUUCAGCUGCAGAACAUGUUUGCGGCCAAGGGAGCUGAACCCCAGCAGGCAGAAACGGAUAUGUUCAAGUGCGGCAAAUGCAAGGGACGCAAGUGCAGAUAUUACCAGAUGCAGACCCGUUCUGCUGAUGAGCCUAUGACGACGUUCGUUACUUGUAUCAACUGCGACAACCGCUGGAAGUUCUCAUAA